CAUGCAGCCAUUUGGCCUUCUCUUAUCUCUUUUUAGAUAAAAGCACGUCUAUCAAUAGUUCUUCAGUGUAAUGUGUCUACGGAUUCCCCUCAUUAAUAAUGACAGAUAAAAGAAACUUAGUGAAGCUCAAGUACGUGAAACUUGGGUAUCAUUACCUGAUCUCCAACGCAGUAUACCUCGUCUUCACUCCUCUACUCAUCACAUUAUCGGCUCACCUCUCCACCCUCACCAUCGGCGACUUGGAAGAGAUAUGGGACCACCUCCGGUACAACCUCAUCACAAGCAUUCUCUGCUGGAGCUUAGUCGUCUUCGUGGCGACCCUCUACUUCAUGGUCCGCCCGCGGUCCGUCUACUUACUCGACUUCGCUUUGUACAAGCCCGAUGAGGCCCGAAUAUGCACACGCGAAAGGUUCAUGAAUUGCUCGUCGAGCACCGGAACCUUCACGGAGGAGAACUUGGCAUUCCAAAGGAAGAUCCUCGAGAGGUCGGGAUUAGGCCAAAUGACAUGCUUGCCUGAGGCCGUCUUGAAGAUUCCGCCGAACCCGUCAAUGGCAGAGGCACGGAAGGAGGCGGAGAUGGUUAUGUUCGGAGCCGUCGAUCAGCUGCUGGCGAAGACAGGAGUGAAGGCUAAGGAUAUAGGGAUAGUGGUGGUGAAUUGUAGUCUCUUCAAUCCUACACCAUCUCUUUCAGCUAUGAUUGUGAAUCACUACAAGCUGAGGGAGAAUGUUAAAAGCUACAACCUUGGUGGUAUGGGUUGUAGUGCUGGGCUCAUUUCCAUAGACCUUGCCAAGAAGCUCCUCCAGGUCCACCCCAACUCCUACGCACUGGUAGUAAGCAUGGAAAACAUCACACUCAACUGGUACUUCGGUAACAACCGUUCAAUGCUCGUCUCCAACUGCCUCUUCCGGAUGGGCGGUGCAGCAAUCCUCCUCUCCAACCGACGGUCCGAUCGAAGCCGGUCCAAGUACCAACUAAUCCACACCGUCCGAACCCACAAAGGCUCUGAAGACCAAGCAUUCAAAUGUGUAUACCAAGAAGAAGAUGACACAAGUAGGGUUGGCGUAGCCCUAUCAAAAGACCUGAUGGCAGUUGCAGGAGAAGCUCUCAAGAGCAACAUCACCACAUUAGGCCCACUAGUUCUACCGAUGUCCGAACAACUCCUGUUUUUCGCGACGUUGGUGGCCAGGAAACUACUCAAGAUGAAAAUCAAACCGUACAUUCCAGAUUUUAAGAUGGCAUUCGAGCAUUUCUGUAUCCAUGCAGGUGGACGGGCAGUGCUUGAUGAGCUGGAGAAGAACUUGGAUUUGAAAGAGUGGCAUAUGGAACCUUCCAGGAUGACAUUAUAUAGGUUUGGUAAUACUUCUAGUAGUUCGUUGUGGUAUGAACUUUCCUACGCUGAGAGUAAGGGCAGAGUCAAGAGAGGUGAUCGGGUCUGGCAGAUUGCAUUCGGGUCUGGGUUCAAGUGCAAUAGUGCAGUUUGGCAGGCUAUGAGGACCGUUGAUCCUGCCAAGGAGAAGAAUCCGUGGAUUGAUGAGAUUGAUAACUUCCCUGUUGAUGUGCCCAAGGUGGCAUCCAUUGCUUCAUGAUUUUUUUUUUCUUUUCUUUUCCUUUUACAAAUACUCCAGUAGAGUGUGAUGGAUGAUACGCAGGCAGUUAGAAAUUUGUAAGAAUUUGCUUGCGUGGCUUUUAAUAAUUUAAAUUAGACCACACAAAUUCUGGGGACUAUUUUAGAUGUAUCGUGAACUGAAAAUUUAUUUUUAUUUGGUUAUCGAAAUGUAAGUUUGGUAGACAUAUAUUUAUUGGAUGGUUAGAAAUGAAAAUAUCCAACGGUCGUAUUUUUGAAA